GAUGUCAAAAACAUUCCUAACCUCAUUUAUUUGUUUUUAUUUAAAUAUGUUGAACUUAUCAUUAUCAUUGAUUUAAAUUGUACCAUAGUGAAUUGAAACAAUUACCAUACAUCACACAAAAAUGAUAUCAAAAUGAAAAAAUACCGUCAACUUUUACUAUUAAUCAUCACUGUUGUAAGUGUAUCGUUGCUUCUCGUUUAUCGGCAUGAAUAUAAUCGCUUACACUACGUGCUAGAAGUAUUUAACUUUUUUGGAAAGCCAUGCAACAUUUCCAGUCUGGAAACGUCCGAAAACGUACUUGGGUAUCACGAUUGGGGUCCUGAAUCCUUAUGGCAAGAAACUGAGAACAUAUACAUUUACUCUGCGUUCUGGAACAAAGAUUAUGAAGCACAGGCCAUUGUGUUACACACUGGUAAAGCUGAGGUUGCCAAAAGUUGUUAUUUGUGGUUUGAAGAUAAAGAGAAACCAACCCCGGGAAAGUUUAGGUAUGCCGAAGUUGAAAAUGAUAAGGUGAACGGACAAACAGCUUUCUUCUAUUACUGCUCACUAACUACAACCCUUCAUAAACCGUAUGCUGUGUCUUUCGCCGUCAAAAACAAGAAAAUUGGGGAAUUGAAAAAGGUGCACUUAACUGUGUCCAGAGCUCAUACACAAAAAGUAAAUACGGUAAUUUGUGUCUCACCUACCGACUUUAAUAAAAGUUUUUUCGUCGAGUUUUUAAGCUAUCAUAAACUUGUAGGUGUAGAGAAUUUCAUUUUUUACCAGAGCAAUAUUCCUCAUCGCUUAAUAAAGAUUGUGCACAACUUAUCAAAUCGGUUGGGUAUCAAUACGCAUUUCAGAUCAUGGAAUUUCCCUAAAACGGAAGGUGCUUUGUCUCGCACAAUUGUUGAAAAGGAUUGCAUACUUCGAACAGCAAAUUACUCUGAUAAUUCUAUUACCCUUGAGCUGAAUGAAUUCAUAGUUCCUUCCGGUCACUUUAUAUAUUUUAAUGAAACGUUUAAUGCCAGUAAGAAAAUGCCUGAUAGAAUUAGUUUACCUGUACAAACUUUUUGUGUUGACAAUUCAGCUAGACGUAAGCCUAUUACAUUGCAGAAUGUAGAUGUUAGUUACAAUAAUGACAAUAAAGUACGAUAUGUAUACAGAUUGUUUAGUGAACAGUCAGUUGUAGUAACGCAUGCUGUCGUGAAAGAUGUGAUAUCAAUUCACAAGUACAUUAGGUGCACUCAAAAGCCUGUGCGAGUAUAUCGUGACAGUUCCAUGUUAAGAUUUUCUGUUGAUUUGACUAGAUCGACUUUGGUGCAGCUCUACUUACAUAAUGACUUGUGAUUUGUAUAGUAUAUUAUAAUGUAUACUUAGCUAUUUAUCUUUUAUGAUGCCAUAGUAUUUUUAUAAUAUAUUUUGUGUAUAGAACGUGCAGUUAUAAAAUGUUGUGAAAUGA